AUUAUUAAGCUUUAAAACUAUUAGAAUUCCCAAGCAUCGAAAUCGGAGCCGAAAGGGAUAUACACAUUCCGACCCCAACGGAAACAAAAUCUGAAAUCAUGAAUCCAUGAAACCCUAAAUUCCGAUAAACAAUAAUCCAAGCCUUUACGAUGACGAUAAUGACACGGAAGCGACGGCGAAUGAUGGCGGAAGCCACGGCGGAGUCACCUAGCACGGUUCUCCCGGAGGAACUUAUGAUCGAAAUUCUUUCUAGAGUCGAAUCAAGCAAUCCUUUACAAUUGCGAUGCGUUUGCAAGUGGUGGAAAUCGUUGAUUGUCGAUCCUCAAUUCGUGAAGAAACACCUUAACAAAUCGUUCACUGACAUCACCGAUCUAGCUUCUAAGGCCAUGGAUCACAUGAAUUCUUUCGAAAUGCAUCUCAUCCAUGCACCCGCCGUGCCUCAAGACGAAGAAGAAGAAGAAGAAAACGACGAAGAUGAUGAUGAUGAUGAUGAAGAAGAAGAGAAACAAUCGAUGAUGAACUUGGUGGCUCAGUUGGAUAAUCUAUUAAUAAUUGUUCGUUCUCUUAAAGGGAAUUUGGAAACUAUCAAGGUUGAUAUGCAAGCUUUGAAGGAUAGAAUGAAGUGUCUUGAAAACUUUCUUCAGAUUUAUCUAAAAAAUGCAACAGCUUCAUCUUCAUAAUCUCAUUUCUGAUUAUCAACGGUUUCGUUUUGUCUUAUCUCUCUUUUUGAAAUGUUGCAACUGUUGAUUUAUUAAAUUAUAUCUCGUACGUAGUAUAUAGUUGCUUCUUUUUGCUUCAAUUUUAUGUGAAAGAUGGAGUUAAGAGAAAAGGGACAUGCAGAUUUUGCAAUGGUUUGUUUAAAUUCCGCUACACUUGCUACUAUAGCCAUUUGUUCACAUUCCGCUGUGCUCCGCUGCAAUAGCAGCUAUUUGACAACAAUGACUUUGGGACAGUUUUACACUAACAUCCACCCCGAAUCAUGUAGUUUCCAUUGCAUGUGAGUGUAAAACUAAUUUACAGUGCAUACCUGUUAAACUUAAAUUAAUUAGUGACUUUGAUGUUAUUGUUUGUGUUCAGAAAUGGUUCUUCCUCAAUUGGUUGUAAAUGAAUGGGUUAGUUAGUUAGUUGAAUGUGAACAACUGAACAAGUAUGCUUCUUUAACCUCACAGUUUUGUCUUCUUGUUGUUGGAACAACAGAACCUACUUGUAAUGUGAAUUGUAAACUUGUAAAUUAUUAUGUUUCUGGCCCCAUUAA